ACUGUCGUUCGCAGUGGUUUAACCCACUUAAAAGUUGCAACGCUUCCAUGGGCGGUUACCAUUGUUAAUUUGGGCAAAAGUGGAGAUGGAAAUAAAUUAGUUGUUUGUGGAAACAAUGCAUCUAAUCCGGUCUGCACUAAUGCACUUGGCGAAAGGCCGACGACUUGAAUCAAGAUUCAAGAAUUAUCGCGGGAAGAUGGUGCGCUUUCUGCACAUAUGUAUGUGUCCAUUUCCCGCUAAUAAUAUGUGUCAAUAGCCACAUAUGUAUACAGCGAGAAGUGGCGAUCUUUACUUUGGAAGCCGGUUUGCUUGGAAUGGCUUAGACCCGGGAUUUCACCGCUACUCACCGCAGUCUGCAGUGCCUAUAAUAAGGACACCCAAAAACAGCGCUUUAUGGGUGGACGACGCGUACUUUGUGGAGAUAUUAAUUUUGAGAAAGGACCAUUUGCGUACGUGUUUUUUCGUGAGGCCGCUCGGGAAUUUUUCAGCAAAUCCAACGAAAAGAAGCCGGUUUACAGUCGUAUAGCACGAGUGUGCCAGAACGAUAUAGGAACCUCAAAAGUUACCGGUGUGCAGUGGACAACGUUCCAGAAAGCGCGGAUUGAAUGCCCACUACGUUUUGGAAGUUCCUUUGAUCGGUCGGCUAGUAAUGACGAUUCGUUCGACCAAGUACAACAGAUUACCAUCCUAAAUGACAAUACCGAACAGCUUGUUACUCCAAGAACCGUCUUCGCCGGCAUUUUCAACACGCCUGGCCACAGCCUUUUUGGGGCUGCCCUCUGCGUCUACGAGAUGCGAACUAUUGAGCGGGUUUUCGACGGAAGUUACCAGGAGCAGCCUAAUACUGCUUCGAUGUGGCAGAAACUCGAUACGCCUGAAUACCGAAAUUUCAACUGUUCAGUGCGGAAGGACAGUCAAGGCAAAAAUGUGACGGUGCUUGAUCUGAAAUUUGCAAGUGGCCCUCGGUUAAUGUUUGAAAGCGUUGGACCAGGAAUUGGGCCACUGUUUGACAAGCCAGUUGUCAUCGAGGAAAUGACGCAGUUCCAUUUUCUACAAGCGGAACGCAUUUCCAUAGGGAAUGAUCAAUUUGUCUAUGUCUUCUACGUAAUAACGAGCCAUAAAGAUAUCCGCAAAUAUGUUCUUGAUCCGGCGGAUACCCGUUCCGGGCGAGCCUGUAUCGUGGCAGCAUGGACCAGUUUAUUUAAGCCACUCGAGAGCAUUUUAACGAUGAAGCUGUUAACCAAGCAGCAAGCGCUGAUUAUUGGGACAUCUGAACGGGUUAUUCGGUUGAGUAACCACGCUUGUUAUGAGCACUCUAACGAAAGAUCCUGUAUUGACUCGGGUGAUCCUCAUUGCGGCUGGGAUAGUCUUCGCCAGAUGUGUCGAGCCCAACCGGAAGGUGACAAGCAACACAAUACCGGAUGGACGCGUUCCCGCCUGGACAAUUGUCACAGUAAUGCGAUCUUUCCGGCAUGGGAUGAGCAGGCGUGGUAUCCGUGUAAAGAGGAUGGCAGCCAUGAAUCGUGCCAGUGCCGGUAAAGAAAAUGCAUCGGCAGCCAGUGUCAUGCAAGGCAAUUCCAUAUGACCAACUGCACGCGGAACGGUGGAUGGACAGAUUAUUCCCCGUGGUGUGAAUGUUCACGGGCCAACCGCUGCCAGCAGAAUCGUACCCGCAGUGGCACGAAUCCCCUGCCACAAUUUGGCGGUAAAAAUUGCGAAGGCAUUGCGGUGGACAACAGAGCGUGUGAUGCAAGCGAAUGCGAGGCAAAAGCCGAUCUGUGCAUGGCUAUGCCGUUGGCGGUUAUGCCGGCGCCGGUGAUGCCGGGCGCGCGCUUUCAAGACUGGGGUCCGUGGAGUGAAUGUUCGCGCUCCUGUGGACGCGGGACGCAGCGGCGCACCCGGUCCUGUAUGUUAGGUUCACCCACAGGGAGAUGCGAUGGACCACAGGUGGAAAGCAAAGACUGCAAUGUGGAAGACUGUCCGCCUGUGACAAAGAUUGAUAGUUGGUCCAUAUGGAUUAGUGAUCCUCGCAAAGGGUCAGCAGAAGCGUUUGAUGAACAUCGAUUUCAGUGUGUGGCGGUUAUGAAUGGAACCGAACUGGAAGUGAAUUUGAAACAUAAUAAACGAGAAUGUCCAAAUGCUCGAGCGUGUCACACUGGCCGCGUAUACGAUGCCAGUAUAGAAGCUUCUUGGAGCCCCUGGAUAGAGUGCAACCAUAUCGGAGUCCAGGAACGCAUUUAUGAUUGUAAAAAGGCUGAACAAAGAUCUUGUCCAGCGUUUGAACAGCAAGAUCCGAAAAACGGGCGGUACGUUAAAUGCGCUCACUGGAUGCGGCAUGGUUCGUAUCGGCGCAAGUCGAGGUUUGCAGGGAAAUGAUAUCGUCAGCUGGAGUCAGUUCGGAAUGAAUAUCCUGAAACAUGGGUUUGUCGAAGGUUGUCGAAUACCAACAGACUGCAAUUGUGCGAGGUCGACGGGGGCCCAUCGCCGGUGAAAGGGCUAUGCAAUCGAUACCGUGACUGGGAACGCCUUGCCAGGGGCGGUGACCUUUCGUUUCCACGACCGACAUUUGGCUGCAGACGAGUUUCUGUGCUAUAAACCAUGCAUCCAGGGACUCUGAGAAGCUGCUAUACGGACAUCAUACACGCUGUACAAUAUCAAGGACGCUCAAAAAGCGACCACAAGUACCUAUCCAGCUAAACGGAACGAGAGUGUACAAGUACAAAAGUGCGGAAGUGUCCCAGCCGAAAUCCGACCAAUAUUUUUUGGUGGCAAGCUGCUAGCCCUAAGAAAAAAAGACGGCGGCUUACGCCCGAUUGCGGUCGGUCUAACAUUACGCCGCCUGAUCGCGAAAAUCAUAUGCCACCGAGUGGCCGACCGGAUCACACCUGUUUUGUCGCCCCAGCAGUUUGGCUUCAACGUGCGUGGUGGUGCAGAAGCAAUUGUGCAUGCGACAAGAGAAUUUGUGGAGUCGUCCGUAGCGGAGGUAACGUCGAUUUUGAAAGUCGACUUCAAGAACGCCUUUAACACCGUAUCUAGAGAAGCCGUGUUAGCCGCCGCGGAAUGCCACCUACCUAAAUAUAAAGCCUUCAUUCAGUCCGCGUACGGUAAUCAUUCAUCGCUUUUCAUUGAGCAGUUGAUUAUGUCAUCCGAAUCAGGAGUACAGCAAGGAGACCCACUGGGACCGCUACUGUUCUGCCUUGCACUCCAGCCAGUCGUGGCGUCUUUGAAAGCAGCUUUGAAUGUCUGGUUUCUGGAUGACGGAAUCAAGGGCGGUAAGCCAGCGACAGUAGCACAUGCCUUUGCGGAGAUCAUUCUGAAAGCCCGUGAAAUUGGCCUAGUGGUGAACGAGGCAAAGUGCGAGCUUCAUAUUUCCGGCGGAACCGAAGAAGCCCGGAACGAUGCUGUGGCAUAUUUCCAGGAGAUGUACCCGAAACUACGCAUCCUGACAAAUGCCGACUUCCUAUUGUUGGGUGCACCGGUUUUGGACGAUGCCAUCGGUCCAGCUGUAGCCGAAAAGUGCGCAACAGUUAAAAUGGCGUGUGAGCGGUUAGAGUUUUAAGCACUCUUCCUACUGAAAAACUGUCUGGGGGCCCCAAAGAUUAUAUAUAUGCUGCGCUGUUGCAAUGCAUGGAAACAACCGCAACAACUCUAUCAACUGGAUGAAGCAGUGCGGGUGUGUUUUCAGUCCCUGUGCAAUGUACGAACGUCCCACGACGACUAUCCUUGUUGGCGGCAGGCGACACUCCCAGUGAGCAGAGGCGGUAUUGGCAUACGCCAGGCGGAAGAAUUAGCUCUCCCUGCCUUUUUGGCAUCGAUUCACUCCGUAUCCGGCUUAAUAUCACUAUUGCUUUUUGAUCACCCUACUGUAAAUCUUUCUGCCGCUUUUGAGUUGUGGACAGUCAAAGCGCGACUGGCAGAUCUCCCGGAGCAAAAUGUCAGAAAGGUACAACGAGCAUGGGACCUUCCGCUAUGUAACACGUCACUAUCCACACUGCUCGACAUCUUUCGAUGAUGAAAUUAACCGGGCCCGCCUCCUCGCACAGUCGACACCGGAAGCCGGCAUAUGGUUAAAUGCCUUGCCCUCGGCACACAUCGGCAACCUCUUGGACGAUGACACCGUGAAGAUAUCAGUCGGCUUGAGACUGGGAGUGAAUAUCUGUGAAGCACAUUCAUGUUCUAAGUGCCACAAGCCCGUUGAUGUGUAUGGCCACCACGGGUUGUCCUGUGCUUUCUCCGCCGGAAGACAUCCACUCCACGGCGGCCUGAAUAGUAUUUUGUGCAGAACGUUAGUGUCAGCCGGCAUCCCUGCUAAACUGGAGCCACGAGGUACAUCCCACACAUCCGACCGUCGCCCAGAUGGCUGCACCACGUUUGCGUGGACGCGGUAUGUGUUUGGCGUGGGACGUGACCUGCGUGGAUAGUGUUGCUAUGUCUCACCGGAAAGCCACAUCAGUCACUGCGGGAUCCGCCGCCGCACAGGCGGAGGAUAGAAAAGCGGGACUGUACUUGUACCUACAGGGCAGAUACAUCUUCGUACCGCUGGCUUUUGAAACUCUUGGACCAUGGGGAAAAUCAGCUAGCCGUUUAGUGAAAGAAAUUGGCAAGCGAUUUCAACAGCAUACGGGUGAACCUCGCUCCCAUGAGUACCUCCGUCAACGUCUGUCGCUGGAAAUUCAGCGAGGCAACGCUGCUUCCGUUCUCGGUACAAUGGAAAGAGCGGCAGCAUUAAAUUGAAUUAGCGGAGCUAAUUCCGGUUAAGACAGCGGAGAAGGAUGAAAGGCGGAUUGGAGAGAUGUGGUUGGGCGCUGGUGGGGCGCUUGGGCAGUGGUCAGUUGUAGCACUGUAUGUUAUGGAUAGUAUCAUGGAAAGUUUGUGUAUGUAGUUGUGCGAUUGACGUAGCUGAGUGCCGUGUCUGAAAGUUAGUUCUGUGGCUGCUUGAAUUGUGUUUGUGAAUUUCUUCUGAAAGUGGUUUGAGAAUGCUGUGGUAUAAGAUGUGCCGUGCUUGUAAGCUUAGGGAACUAUAUUUCCGGUUUCGUGAUGACCUUUAUCGUGCAGCUUGUGUAUCUUAUGACCAAUUUCUCGAGGUACCCAUUUAUGUCAUCGUAAUUGACGAUUUAUGAAUUUCUGGUGAUUUAAUUUGUAUUUUCUGCUGCAAUGUCACGUCGUUUGAGAUCGCAAAUCGCAUCCGUGUCGUCUUUAUCGGAAGCGUCUACGAAACUACGAAACAGUCUUCAGUACUGUCUGAUGAUUCGGAUGAGUCCACAGGAACGCUUUAUCGCGUUGCCAGGUCCAGUCGGAAGUCAGUGUCACCUCCCAGGAAGAAGUCGCGUUCCCGUAUAUCGCCUUCUGUGGAGUCUCUGCUUCGUCGACAGAAUGAAAUGCAAGCUCAAAUCGACACUUUGACAUCUGCCGGGCAUCAUCGUCCGUCUCAGUCUUGUGCGUCGCCGGAUAUUGGUCAACGGGACAGCAUCUUAAUCAGUGACUGCUCAACGCCUGUUGUUUUACCGAAACUGCCUGUAAGUGCGCGCCUUGGUCCGUUUUUAAAUUUGACAGCAGUGGAUCCUGAAAUUGAAGCGGAUCUUCGCAGUAACGAAAGAUACGUUGAUUUCGCUGAACUGCUAGCCGCCACAGACUUCCAGUAUUAUUCUGUUCGGGAUAAAAAGUCAUUUAAGCCACCGCCAAUUGAAUCAUUUGCACAGUGGGUUAGUGCAUGCUCUGUGUUUAUGGCUCACCGUACGCAUUAUUAUCCUGACAUGCGCCUGCCGUUGAUUAAGUACUUGAGUGUUAUGGCUAGUUUUGCGGCCAGUGGUUACUCUGUUAACCAGUGGCUGGGUUACGACCAUCGCUUUCGUAUGUUUGCUCGUACGCAGCCGUUCAACGUGGCUAUAUGGGAGACAGCUGAUCAAGAAAUCUUUCGGCAGUCUUUCCAGAUGCAACGUUUACCGGAACAACUGCAGAUGCAACGUCUAUCGGAACCGCAGCGCGGUGCUUGUAAUAACUGCGGCCGUAAUGGUCAUUUUGCUCGUAAUUGUUGGAUGCGGCCGGCUGUAGGUGUAGCAAGUACUAGCAGCAGCAGCACACAGCUUUUUCGUGACCGGCCGGCUGCGGCCGGCGGGGAUCGAAAAAAUAGUGCCGGUAGUGUGGGAAAAGUCAUUUGUCAGGACUUCAACGAUGGAAUUUGUUCAACACCAUGCCGUAAGAAACUUCGUCAUUUCUGCUUACAUUGCGGACGUGGAGGCCACGGUUUCUAUUCCUGCUAUGAAGUCAAUGAUGCCAACAAAACCGGCAACCCCGCUUCGUCGUGAGAAAUUUGUCCAGUUAUUGGCAGACCACCCAGAUCGGUUGUUCGUUGCGCAGAUAUCUGAUAUCUUAUUAAAUGGAGCGGAUAUUGGUUAUACCGGCCCCGCGUAUCUUGGACAGUGUCUAAUAUGAAAUCAGCAGUUAUCCAUCAUGAUAUUUUGUUAGCGUCUGUGCAGAAAGAAGUGUCAUUAGGCCACUCUGUUGCCCGUUUGAUAACCGCCAUUAAUUAAUUUUGUCUGCAAUUCCCUCGGCGUUAUUCCCAAAGCGUCAGGUGGACACAGAAUCAUAAAUAAUUUGUCAGCUCCGUCUGGCACAUCUGUUAACGACUGCAUUGACCGCCACACAUAUACUGUUUCUUACUGUACAGUCGAUGAUGCUAUCCGCUAUUUGAAGACAGCUGGUAAAGGCGCAGUUAUGGUAAAAUUAGACAUUAAACAUGCCUUUAGACUGGUGCCAGUUCGGCGUGAAGACUGGCAUCUCCUGGGUUAUCGUGUGGGAAAUGGAUACUAUUUUGAUAUAGUUUUACCGUUCGGCUCGCGUUCUUCUCCCUAUUUAUUCUGCUUAUUCUCUGAAGCAGUUCACUGGAUCUUAUCGAAUAUCACCCAUCAUAAGUGGAUUUUGCGUUAUGUGGACGAUUUCCUUAUCAUAGGCUUGGCUGGUUCGGCACAGUGUCAGCUUAUACUUGACAGUUUCAUUGAUUUAUGUGGCAUUCUUGGCGUUCCGUUGGCGGUCGAAAAGACCGAAGGUCCGGCAACUGCACUGACCUUUUUAGGGAUUGUGCUUGAUUCAGUGGCCGGCACCAUCUCUUUGCCUUCUAAAAAGCUUGCGGAAAUUGUUUUAGUGCUUGCACAGUGGGCUGAUCGUACUACUUGUUCCAAAACUGAGCUACAAAGUAUUAUCGGUAAAUUACAGUCUGCUGCAAAAUGCGUGCCGGUUGGUCGGCUUUUUCUACGUCGUAUGAUUAACUUGCUGUGUAAUCAGUUGGAUGAAGUUGUAUUGGAUGCCGGCUUUCAUGCGGAUAUACAGUGGUGGCGCGAUUUCUUGCCAACAUGGAACGGCACUAAUUCCUUCAUGGACAUAGAUUGGUCUGAUGCGGAUGUGUUACAGUUAUUCACUGACGCAUCGUUAUCGGUGGGAAUUGGUGGUUAUUUUGCCGGUCGUUGGUUUUCUGCGAAAUGGCCAGCUGGCGCGGUUAUGGCUGAGCACAGUAUCGCACUCUGUGAGAUAAUUCCAGUAUACAUUGCAUGUCUGCUAUGGGGAAAGUUACUAGCCGACAAAAAAGUUCAGUUGCAUUCUGACAAUCUCGCUGUUGUGCAAGCAUGGUCUAAGUUUUGUUCUGCUAAUUUACAAAUAAACUCUGUUAUGCGGAAAAUAUUUUUUAUUGCGGCUCAACAUAAUUUCAAUUUAAGAAUUGUCCACAUAGCUGGUUUGUCGAACAAUGUUGCCGACGCUUUGUCUCGUGGUCAGCUAGUUAUAUUUCGUCAGCUUUGUGCUAAUGCUAAUGCUAACCCUGAGUUCGUACCCGAUGUGUUGAAUGAGUUACUAGUUGAGUAGCAUGGAUUCUACUAUUAAAUUGUUAUUAAAAAGUCAUAUUGCAUCCUCUUCUCGGUCCGUGUACUGCA